UUCACUUCCUACCCAUGAGGGGAAAUUCAUCUUCACAGCACUGAAGAUGCCUAGAGGCUGCAUUCCACGUCUUCAAGACCUAAGCCACUUCCCACUACAGGAUGGGUCACUUCCCAGCCCGGCUGUUCCUGCUGGCACUAACAGGGCUCUGCAUUGCAGGAAAGGACCUGGAACUGGUGAGAAGAGUGCAGGGAGGCGCGCUCACUACAGUGUGUCACUACAAUGAACACAAGUAUUCACGAAGGGAGAAAUUUUGGUGCAAGGAGCUGUCAGAUUUGAAAUGUCGCACCCUUGUCCUGAGCUCCCCCGCAGCAGGAAGGAAUUCUCUAAACCCUCCAAAGGCAAGGGUCAGCCUAAAGGACACAGAAACUGGCUGGAUUUCUGUGUCCAUGACAGAGCUCCAGGUAGAGGAUUCAGGAAUAUACUGGUGCGGGCUUUCCGAUGAUCUGAAGAUUAUCCCAUUGAAGAAGAUAAAAGUGGCUGUAUCUUAUGAAGCUCCCAUGAGGCUAUCUGCCAAAAAAGGAGCCUCAAUCUCCCUAAAUUGUUCCUAUUCUGUGAAGGACAACAGCACAGGACCUAAUAAUUUUACCUGGUGCAAAAUGGUAACUGCAACCAGAUGUCAACCUGUUGUCAGCAUUGAGAUCGAUCAGAUUGUUAAUACACAAGGAAAUACCAGGAUAAAGAUUGACCGGUGGACCAGAGAGAUUACAGUGACACUGGUGGCACUCCAGCUACAUGACUCAGGGGAGUAUCAUUGUGAGACCCAUCUCCAGGGAAGUACCGUGCUACUGAAGAUGAUCACCCUGAAUGUUUUGGAAUCUUAUGAUAGGACAGCUUUUGUGACUACAUCCCCUCCUAUUGACAACAUAGGAGCCAUCCUCCCAACUGCAGCCAGGAAUGAUCAGCAGAGCUGGUACUCUGAGGUCAGUCUCAAUGUCCUCUAUAUCAUAGCUGGAUUGCUGGGCACCAAAUUCCUGACAGUACUCCUGAUCUUUAUCGUCGCCAGCAACAGGAGAAGCAAAGCCACGGAGCAGGAGAUCCACGGCCGGAAGAAACACCACCUCCUCCCACUCACAGGCCUUUAAUAAAAGUCUUGUCUGGUGGAGAACGUUUGGAGAUUUUGAAUCCAGUGGAUCCAAGUGAGCUGCAGGUGCCACUCUAACCUCCAACCCUGCCACAAUGGCAAAAGGACCCUUUAACCUGUGACAAAGGGAACUGAAAAUUCCAGCAAUGCUUAGACUAUCCAGAUUUCCUUCCUUUCUUCACGAUAAACAGUAUUUACUAGAAUCUUAGAUUGAUCUUUCAGGUUACUCAUGUAAACUGUUUACUCUGCUGUGGGGUGGAGGGAAUUUUCCUCUCUAGGGGGUGAAAAGUCUGUUCAUUUGUCCUCUGGCCCUUUCAGUCCUUGGCCUUGCUAUUGAAGUGGCCUAGAAAGAGGCCAUUUAGUGCAAUUCUGGUCACGGUUUUGUGCACGGAUGAAGUAGACACUGAAGUGAUAUUCAGCACUCCUUCCACAACAGCUUCAGUCAGCGCAGACCUGGGCUGGAUUUAAACCAGCAGCCUGGAGGUGAAACCAUCCCACUCCCAGACUAGUGACACUAAGGAGAAAAUGCCUAGGGGCAAAAAGGACCAAAGACACAGUGUUUGGCAGUGCACUCAUCAGGUGCAGGAGUGAGAUGAUCUGUUUAGUACCUGAGCCAAUGUGUCUCGGGAACAAUUUACAAGGUAAAAUGGUUGUAGGCUUGGCAGAAUUCAGUUUUUGUUAUAUCAUUUUAACAGAAAAUAUUGAUGGUUAUUUACGCUUUUAUAAUAUUUAUCUAUUUAAAUUUUCACAGUUGCAGGAAAUUAUAGGGGAAGUCAGACAAUUAUUUCAUGACAGUAAAUGUUGAGAUUCGAACAGUUAAAGCUUUGUCACAGCUAAAACACAAAUUGUCAACACCACGUGCCACAGUAUACAAAGUAAAUAACCUCACAUCAAACUGUGAUACAUUCUCAAGCAGCAGGUUUCUUACUUUGACUAUCUGUACAUUUAGAUGAUUAUCGAUGGAAACAUUUUUGCAGUGGCUUGUGUGCAUACGAUGAAACCAACAUUUACUGAUAAAAAUCUAAUCCUUAUCAGAUUAUCUAUGUGCAUAGCUCAAACAUGUGAUACUAAAAUAAAAUCCACUGUCAUG